AACUGACAGACACGUUAUUGUUGCUGGCGUUUGAACUUCAAAGCGGCGAAGUGAAAGCACAUUUCAUCCCGUAUCUUCUUCUGCCAUGAGUUCCCAACCUCUGUCACCAAGCAAUUUCAGGGAUCUCUUCGAUUCCGUGGAAGCUUUUCUCUUCGAUUGCGACGGUGUGAUUUGGAAGGGCGAUGAACUCAUCCAAGGCGUUCCGCAAACUCUCCAAAUGCUUCGCUCCAAGGGAAAGAAGCUCAUCUUCGUCACCAACAAUUCCUGGAAGUCGCGCUCUCAGUACGCUCAAAAGUUCCAAUCCUUAGGAAUUUCCGUUUCGCAGGACGAGAUAUUCUCCUCGUCGUUUGCAGCUGCUAUGUACUUGAAGGCCAAUGAUUUCCCUUCCCAAAACAAGGUUUAUGUGAUUGGUGGGGACGGUAUACUGGAGGAGUUGCAGCUUGCUGGCAUUACAGCGUUUGGUGGACCACAUUCGUUGGUGCAGGAAGAUGCAAAUAAAGCGAUAGACCUGACGCAGAACUGCUUUGUUGAGCAUGAUAAGAGUGUUGGCGCUGUAGUGGUUGGUAUAGACCCAAACAUUAACUAUUACAAGCUUCAGUACGGAACCCUUUGCAUACGAGAAAAUCCAGGAUGCCUUUUUAUUGCCACCAACCGUGAUGCAGUUGGACAUAUGACAGCUUUGCAAGAAUGGCCUGGUGCAGGGUGUAUGGUUGCUGCUAUAUGUGGAUCAACCCAGAAGGAACCUGUUGUGGUAGGGAAACCAUCAACCUUUAUGAUGGAGUUUUUACUUAAGAAAUUCAACGUAAGUUGCUCCAAGAUGUGCAUGGUGGGUGAUAGACUAGAUACUGAUAUUUUGUUUGGACAAAAUGCUGGUUGCAAAACACUUCUAGUUCUUUCAGGUGUCACAACUCAAUCAGCUUUACAGGACCCUUCAAAUAAUAUUCAACCUGAUUACUAUGCAAAUACAAUUUCUGACAUGGUUGACUUAUCAAAACUUAUAUCUGGAUCUCUGUUACAUCACUUCGUUGUCGGGUGGUUUGCACCAAGCAUUAAUGGAAGAGAUAUUGGUUGCUCUCCUUUGCGAAGCAGAACUAUUUUAUAAUUGCACUGUAUACUCAUUUCUUCACGACGAGGGGAAAUUACUCGUUCUGGUAUUUCAAUAAAUAAGACAUUGUAAUGCAAAUUUUUAUAUUUCCAA